AGAUUAUACAAAUGCCCCUUCUAGUCCUGGAUUCAUGGCAACACAAGUAGUGAAAAGAGAGAAACAAACAAGACGAUUUGGCCAAAAACCCCAAAGAAGGUUUAUGCAGGGUUUAGGGUGGCCGGUAUGCUAAUACCACUACCAUACCCUCUCUAUGAACACAUUUCCUUUCUCAACUUGCAUUACCCGCGCAUUUUAAUUCAUCUCUCAAUCACUUCAAUUCCAUUUCUUUUCCUUUUUCAUUUCUUUUCCUUUUUCAUUUCCUUUAAUUAGAGUGCCAACUCCCAUAUAUUUUCUACCAAAAAUUUUGAUCCUUUGAUUACUUUUGAUAAGAAACCCACAAUUCUGUCUCUAAACCAUCCACAGUUAUGUGGAGAAACGUCGCAAAACAAGCCACUUUGAAAUCCCAAUCAAAGUCCCUCGAUUUCCCUUCAUUUCCAAGAACGUACAGCUUUUUAGGAGCCUCUAGAGAACCCAUCUUUUUUGAGAAACUCAAGUUCCAUUCGCUUAAUAACACAAGUCCACGACUGGGUUUUCGAGCAAUUGGCGAAAUAUCAACCCAUGAAGAUUUUAUGGGAAAACCCAGUUUUGUUUUUUUGAGAAAUAGUGAUAGUACUAAUGGGAAUCGGUGUGGUGGAUUUUUCCCAAGAGGGUAUGUGAGUGUAGCUGAGGCAUUGUCAUCAACAGAUGUUGAAGAUAAUGUGUCUGGUGCCGAUGAAGUGCAAGAAUUGCAGCCAGAAAUGAGGAAAGAAGAGGAGAAAGAGGAGCACUUUAGGAGGAGGAGGCUACAUGCUAACCCUGGAAUAGGGUCAAGGAAGCAUAGGGUCUUAAGGAGAAGGCAAGUGAAGAUUGAGGCGGAAGCAUGGGAACUGGCAACGAAAGAAUAUAAGGAGCUUUUGAAGGAUAUGUGUGAGCAUAAGUUGGCUCCUAAUUUGCCAUAUAUGAAGAGUUUGUUCCUUGGUUGGUUUGAGCCUUUUACAAAUGCAAUUGCGAAAGAGCAGGAGUUGAUUAGAACGGGGAAGAAUAGGCAGGGUUAUGCUCCGUAUUUUGAUCUGUUGCCAGCUGACAAGAUGUCUGUUAUUGCAAUGCAUCAACUCGCAGCAAUGGUAAUGACAGGUGGGGAACAUGGAUGUGCAAGAGUUGUGACUGCUGCUUGUAUGAUUGGUGAUGCAAUUGAGCAGGAGAUUAGAAUACACAAUAUCUUGGAGAAAACUAGGAAGAAAAAGGAAAAGGCUUAUGAUAGCAAGAAUGGUGUAGAAGGUGAAUCCCCUGCUGUCAUGAAGGAACAAGAAAACCUAAGAAAAAAGGUCACUGAUUUGAUUAAAAAACAAAAGCUGCCAGCUGUGAGGAAGAUUAUGAAGGGGAAGGAAGAUUCAAAACCAUGGAAUGCAGAUGCUAGGGCUAAGGUUGGAAGUCGUCUAAUUGAAUUGCUGCUACAAACAGCUUAUAUACAGCCUCCCUGUGAUCAGUUAGCUGAUAGUCCAUCUGAACCUCGACCUGCAUUUGUACAUACAUUCAGAACUGUGUCAUAUGAAAAUAAGAAGGGUGCGAAAAAAUACGGUGUUAUUCAAUGUGACCCACUAGUCCUCAAAGGCCUAGAGAAAACUGCUAGGCACAUGGUGAUUCCUUAUAUGCCAAUGUUGGUGCCACCACUUAGAUGGAGAGGUUAUGAUAAAGGAGCUCACUUGUUCUUACCAUCCUAUGUCAUGCGGAUACAUGGUGCUAAACAGCAACGUGAAGCAGUUAAGAGGGCACCUAGGAAGCAGCUACAACCAGUUUUUGAGGCCCUGGAUACACUAGGGAAUACCAGAUGGAGGGUAAAUAAGAGGGUACUUAGUGUUGUUGAUAGAAUAUGGAGUAAUGGAGGCUGUCUUGCUGAUUUGGUAGACCACAGUGAUGUUCCUUUACCUGAGAAGCCAGAAACAGAAGAUGAAGCACUACUUAAGAAGUGGAAGUGGAAACUCAGAGGAGCGAAAAAAGAGAACAGGGAAAGACAUGCACAGCGUUGUGACAUAGAACUUAAACUUGCUGUAGCACGGAAGAUGAAAGAUGAAGAAGGUUUCUAUUAUCCACACAAUAUUGACUUUCGUGGGCGUGCCUACCCCAUGCACCCAUACUUAAACCAUCUUGGAUCAGAUCUGUGCCGGGGGAUUUUGGAGUUCGCAGAGGGAUGCCCUCUUGGAAAGUCAGGCUUACGCUGGCUGAAGAUACACAUUGCAAAUCUAUUUGCUGGUGGUGUAGACAAGCUAUCUUAUGAGGGACGGAUAGCUUUUACCGAGAAUCACCUUGAUGAUAUAUUUGAUUCUGCAGACAAACCACUUGACGGAAAGCGUUGGUGGUUGCAUGCAGAAGAUCCAUUUCAGUUCUUGGCUGUGUGCAUUAACCUAACUGAAGCUUUGAGAAGCUCCUCGCCAGAAACAUAUAUUUCACAUAUUCCUGUUCAUCAGGAUGGUUCCUGCAAUGGCCUACAACACUACGCUGCACUUGGAAGAGACAAGUUGGGAGCAGCUGCUGUUAAUCUAGUUGCAGGAGAGAAGCCUGCAGAUGUCUACUCGGGAAUAGCUGCUAGAGUACUUGAUAUCAUGCGGAGGGAUGCACAGAAAGAUCCAGAUGUUUUUCCUGAUGCAUUGCGUGCAAAAGAAUUAAUUAACCAGGUGGAUAGGAAAUUGGUGAAACAGACAGUGAUGACAUCUGUAUAUGGUGUAACUUACAUUGGUGCUAGAGACCAGAUCAAAAGGAGGUUAAAGGAACGUGGUAUCACAGAGGAGUCAGAUAUCUUUGGUUGUUCUUGCUAUGCUGCAAAGGUGACCUUAACUGCCAUAGGAGAGAUGUUUGAAGCUGCACGAAGUAUCAUGAACUGGCUUGGGGAUUGUGCAAAGAUUAUCGCAUCUGAAAAUGAGCCAGUGCGGUGGACAACUUCCCUAGGACUUCCUGUUGUACAACCUUAUCGUAAAUUAGGGACGCGAAGUAUCAAAACUUCCCUACAGGUUUUAAUACUACAAAAAGAAACUGACAAGGUUAUGGUCCAACGACAGAGAACAGCUUUCCCACCAAAUUUUGUUCAUUCCCUUGAUAGUUCUCAUAUGAUGAUGACUGCAGUUGCCUGCAGAGGGGCAGGCUUAAACUUUGCAGGAGUUCACGAUUCAUAUUGGACGCAUGCAUGUGAUGUGGAUGAAAUGAAUAGGAUACUGAGGGAAAAGUUUGUUGAGCUCUAUGAAACACCUAUAUUGGAGAAUUUGUUGGAGAGCUUUGAAAAGUCUUUUCCCACGUUGUCUUUUCCGCCUUUGCCUGACCGGGGAGACUUUGAGCUGAGGGAAGUGCUGAAAUCACCUUAUUUCUUUAACUGAUUCAGUGCAAGGGGUCCUCCUCUCAUUGCUACACUAACGUGACCCCCUUCUUUUAUGGGUGUCAUUAAUUCUUUGUUCCUUGCCAAGCCUGGCUAUGGAAAGCUGUGAUCUAAUGAAGAACUUCCUGCUAGAGACUAGCCUCUCUAUUGUAUAUAGUAUCUUGAAAGGAGUCGUCGAGCAUUGAAGAUCUUCAUUUGGUCUGUGAGUUUUGACUCAGCUCUGAAUGCUGUUGUAUAGCAAGCAUAUUUAUUUUGUUCUGGGAAUAGGCCUCGCUGGGUUCUUGCAUUGAACAAGAAUGAAUGAAGAGACUUGUGAUCAUUGUGACCC